AUGCAGGACCAACAACACCCAGAUCAACAGCAACAGCAACAGCAGUUGCGUCUUUUGAAUUUGUUAAGACAACAACAGCAGCAGAUGCAGCAGCAGCAACAACAGCAAGAGCAACAACAGCAGCAACAUCUACAGCAGGGGCUUGCACAUGGUCAAACUGCAGGUCAAGUCACGCAAAAUAAAUUGCCUCUUGAUGGCACAGUUAAUCAGCAAGUUUCGUUGUCGAUGAUGUCUUCACCGCAAACUCAGAGUAGAGCAUUACAGCAUUUGAAUGCUCUGCAACAGCAACAGCAACAGCAGCAACAACAACAACAACAACCACAUCAACAAAAAUUACAAUCUGAUCAGCCUUCAAUUCAAAAUCAGCUAUUGCAACAAUUACAACUCCAGCAAGAAAGACGUACUCAGAACAUGGCCAAUACUCAAGGUCCUGGUAUACAAGGCAAUAUCUCUCAGAACAAAAAUUUCAGUUUGAACCAAUUACGACAAUUGCAGCUUCAACAACACGCUAAGGCGCAAAUUGCAGCACAAGCACAAGCACAAGCGCAAGCACAGGCACAAGCACAGGCACAAGCACAGGCACAAGCACAGGCACAAGCACAGGCACAAGCACAAGCACAAGCACAAGCACAAGCACAAGCACAAGCACAAGCACAGGCACAGGCACAGGCACAGACAGGUAAAUUAAGCUUGGGCGUGCAAGCAGAAGAUUUUAAUCCAGUACAGCUGUUGCAAAAAUAUCAGUCGCAAUUGUUGGUUAAAGAAGUAUGGAAACAAAAUCUAGAAACCGAACUUGCAAUUAUAAGACAUUUAGCUGAAAGAUUUAAUCACAUUUUUGUUUCUACAGAGUUUGCUGGAAUUAUUGCAAGGCCAGUUGGUACGUUCAGAUCAACUAAAGAUUAUCAUUACCAAACCAUGAGGUCGAAUGUAGAUUUAAUGAACGUUAUCCAGAUAGGCAUAACAAUGUGUGAUAAGGAUGGUAAAAGACCAGAGGGAGUACCUUCUACAUGGCAGUUUAAUUUUUCAUUUGAUCUUGACAAUGAAAUGUACAAUAAGGAGUCAAUUGAGCUUUUGACCAAUACUGGCAUUGAUUUUAAUCGAUUGAAAGAAAACGGUAUUGAUAGAUUUGAAUUUGCACAAAGUUUAAUUGACAGCGGAUUGUGUUUACUGGAGAAUACGAACUGGAUCAGUUUCCAUGCAGGUUAUGAUUUUGGGUUUCUCAUUUCUUUGAUGAUCAACAAAGAAAUGUCUUCCAAAGAAUCUGAGUUUGAUGAGACAUUGUCAAAAUAUUUUAUUAAUUUUUAUGAUGUCAAGUUAUUAUCUACGUUGCAUCCAAUAAUCAAUUCUAAACAGGGUGUAACUUUAGAAAGUCUUAGUGAAGACCUUGGAUUCAGCAGAUUGUUGAACUUGGGUAAUUUGAUGCAAGUUGGUGGUCAGUCACUGCUAACAUAUUUAAAUUUUUGGGAGCUGAAAAGGUCGAUUGAUCGAAACGAUUUUGAGUCCUUGAAAAAUCAAAUAUUUGGAUUGAGUGAUGAGAGGAAACUUGAAAAUCCAAAUACCUCUAAUAACCAAGCUAACAUUUCAGUUGAAUACUCUUCGUUUUCACCAGAUGGUAAACCUGUUUUAACCGAUAAACAAAAGCAAUUACCAUCUUCGUUACAACAAAAAAGUCAAGCGGAAUUUCAGAAUCCAGGAUCUGUACAAUCGAAUGUCUUAACGUUGAAUCAGUUUUCAGAAAAUGUACCAAAUGAUAGCUCCCAGCAGAAUCAGUUACAACAACCACAUUUUCAACUCCAAGCUCAACAGCAACUCUUACUACAACAACAACAACAACAACAACAACAACAACAACAACAACAACAACAACAACAACAACAGCAACAACAACAACAGCAACAACAACAACAGCAACAACAACAACAGCAACAACAACAACAGCAGCAACAACAACAACAACAACAACAGCAACAACAACAGCAACAACAACAACAACAACAACAACAGCAACAACAACAGCAACAACAGCAACAACAGCAACAACAACAACAACAACAACAUCAACAAGGGCAACCAAUCCAUCAUGGGCAACAACAAUUCUUUUCUAAUAAUAAUAUGAACAUGAACAAUCCUGUUUCCAAUGGUAUGAACAUCAACGCAGUGAGCCAAUUAAAUAAUAUGGCCGGUAUGAAUGGCGUCAUUCCCAAUUUGAACUCCUUGAAUGAAAUGAAUACAAAUAUGCCUCAAGGUAUGGGUGUUGGUAUUCCCAACAAUAUCAAUAGUAUCAAUGGAAUGCCUAACAUAAUGGGUGGAAUGAAUAGUAUGAAUGGUGUUCCUCAAGGUAUGAAUAAUAUACCUCAAGGUAUUCCACAGGGUAUGAAUGCCUUGGGAGGUUUACCAAACACCAUGAUGGGUGGUAUGAAUAAUAUGCCUGGCAUUCCUCAGGGGAUGGGCAAUGUUCCACAAGGGUUACCUCAGGGAAUGAAUAACAUGAAUCCAAUGCUGAUGAAUGGAAUGAAUAAUAUGCCUCAGGGUAUGAAUGGUAUGAAUGCCAUGAAUGGUAUGAGUGGUAUGAACGGUAUGAAUAAUAUGCCUCAAGGUUUGAACGGUAUGAGUGGUAUGAACGGCAUGGUAAAUAUGAACCAGGUAAAUCCUCCUCCAGGUCUUAUUAAUCACUGA